AUGGCUCUUCAGCACCUUAAAAACGGCAAGUCCCCGGGCGAGGAUGGAAUUACAGCGGAGCUUCUGAAAGCGGGUGUAAAACCUGUACUUGAAGUCCUUCAGUGGCUCUUUAAUUCCGUCCUCCAUGGUGGCACUACUCCGGAGGCGUGGAGCAGAAGUGCGGUGGUCUUAUUCUUUAAGAAAGGCGACAACGCUCUUUUGAAGAACUACAGACCGAUAUCCCUUCCGAGCCGCGUCUACGUGCUGUUUUCGAGAGUCAUUACGAAUCGUCUCGCACGCAGACUUGACGACUUCCAGAUUCCCGAACAAGCCGGUUUCCAAAAAGGCUUUAGUAACAUAGACCACAUACAUACCCUUCGGCAAAUUGUACAGAAGUCCGAAGAGUACAAUCUGCCACUUUGCCUGGCGUGUGUGGACUACGAGAAAGCCUUUGAUUCUGUCGAAAUUUAG